ACAUCCAAUCGACAUCGUAGGAUAAGAAUUUUUUUUCUGGAACAUACAAGAAUCAAGAUUAUUUGUUUCAUCCACACUCUUCUACCAGAAAUGGAUGAUCUGAUGGCAAGCUCCCACCGGGGAGCUGCACCAAUUAAAGUCACCUUUCAUGUUAAAAUAUAUAAUUCUUCAAAGAAAUCAGAUUUGAAGCGAGGUGGUGAAAGCCAGCCCGGACUGAGCCAGCUCGCAACAACAGGAUACACCCACAGUAAUUACACUCAAAGCCUUAUUACCAACUUUAAGGUGUAUAGGGGAGAUAAAUUUGAAACCGGCCCCGUUGAAGUUGAGCUUUCGAAAUUAUAUAAAAGCCUGGAAGAAAUUAAAGAACCUGCCGGCGAGUUUGUAAACGGAUCAGAAGUCGGUUUCAUACAUACAAUGUCUAUCGGUGAUUCUAUUGAAAACUUAACCAAAAUUGGUGUUUCUCGCUGGCUCUGGCCAGGAUCACGUCAUCCCAUCCAUGUUUAUCCAUUAACGCGAGAGGCAGAUCCAUGUAAAGCCGAACGAAUAAAUGAAAUGCAGAAGUAUCGUGACCUCUAUAAGUUAAAAUACGUAGAGGGCUUCCCUCUUAAGUUGGAAACAUUGCCGCGCAACGAAAAAGAUUUGAUAUACACGAUAAGAAUCGCAUUGGACGCAGCGGAAAUCUACUUUGAAGAGUUGUAUGCUAGAUGGACAAUAUGGACAUUGGAGAAGCUAGAUGACUUAAACUUGAUUUACAGCGACAGCUCUCUUCCGGAACCGAAGGAGUCUUUUAUGCAUUGGAAGGAAGACACGUGGUUUGGAUAUCAACGUCUUAAUCGUUGUAACCCCAAAUCAAUAAGAUUGUGUGAAGAAAUCCCUUCAAAACUUGGUGUGGAUGAAGCGAUGAUGGAACCAGUUCUGAAAGGAGAAACACUGGAAGGAUUAAUCAAAAAGAAACGUCUGUUUUACACAGAUUUAAAAAUUUUGGAUGGUGUUAUACACAGAAAAGAAUAUGAUAUGUGUGCUCCCAUUGCAUUAUUUAUGCUGAAUUCAAACGACGAUUUGACACCAAUUGCAAUACAACUGCAGCAAGACAAAAGACAAGAAAAUCCUGUCUUUCUUCCAACAGACGAUGAAGGCGUUUGGACUCUUGCUAAAAUGUGGUACAAUAUGGCUGAUGCCAAUUAUCAUCAAUCUGUUGUGCACUUGGGUUUAACCCAUAUGCUGAUGCAAAUUGUCAGUGCUCACAUGCAUAGGAAUAUACAUCCGACGCAUCCACUCUUCAAAAUUUUGGCCCCUCACACUUAUUUACUUAUGCUUAUCAACGAUUUCGCAUUCAAGAAACUUAUAAAUCCUGGUGCUUGGGUCGACCAAACAAUGACCAUUGGAUCGGAGGGAAUGAUAAAACUGGUUUGUAAAGGACUACAAGAAUGGGACUUUUAUCGAGAUGGAAUUCCUGCUAAUGAUUUUGCAAACCGAAAAGUUGACGAUCCGAAAGUUUUGCCCAAAUACUAUUUCAGAGAUGAUUCGCUUUUAUUGUACGACUGUGUAUAUAAGUACGUGUCCAGCUAUAUAGAUCUCCACUAUGAAAAUGAUGAAGUUGUUGAUGGGGACGGAGAGUUGCAGGAUUGGGUAGAAAAUAUGUCCGUGCCAAGCAGAGGUGGAUUGAAGGGUUUACCAAUGAAAGAUGGUAAGGGUCACGUGUCUUCAAAGGAGGACUUGAAAUGGAUUGUGUCCGUAAUCAUCUUCACCUGCAGUGUGUCACAUGCUGCUGUUAAUUUCCUACAAUAUGACGAAUAUGGUUACCCUGCAAACUAUCCAUCGAUGCUGAGGACACCGCUAUUAAAAGACAAAGCACCCAGAACCGAGAAGCAUAUCGUAGAUGCCCUGCCUGAGUUAAAAACAAUUCUCGGUGCUUUGAAAAUCACCAGCGUCCUGAGCAAAAGAGGAACCAAUCCUCUGGGAAAUUUCGAUGUAAAAUAUAUCUGUCAUCAAGCGGGACGUCAUUGCGUCGCCGAGUUCCAAUCGAAUCUGAAAAGAAUUACUAAAGAAAUCAGUGAAAAAAUUGAAAACCGUGGUUGGCCUUACGACGUCUUGGAUCCUCCCUUAAUUCCUAACUCUAUCGCUAUUUGAAUGUAUGUGCCUCUGUAUGUGUGUGUGUGUGUGUGUGUGUG